AUGAAAGCCUCCAGCCGCGAGUGGCUUGGAGGGGUGGUGGACCUCUUGGCCGAUGCCGCCAAGCGGCUCGUGGCGGAAGCGGGGCGGCUCCGCGGGGCCAAGAGCAAGGAGAGGUGCCGUGGAAGGCUUGGAGAGGAGAAGUCGGACGCCUCGGCCAAGGCGCUGCGCAACGUCUGCAAGGUCUCGGCUUUCUUUCUGCGUUGGACCUGCGAGCGCCUCCUCUCCGCCGCCAAGAAGCGGCCGGGCCGCACGCGUCGCGGCAAGGCAGAGCAGCAAGCGGCAGCCGAGGAGGCCAAGGAGGCGUCAAAGGCGCUGGAGCGACAACGAGCACUAGCCCUCAAUGAGCUUCAUGGCUUGUUGGCACGAGGACCGGGGGACCAGGGCUUUGGCUCAGAAAUCCAGACCCACGCUGGAGCCUUGUCGUCACUCUUUGCCACUGGCUUUGGCUGGCGAAAUGCCCAUCCCAUCGACCCAAUGACUUGGAAGGAGCGAUGCCUUGGCUCUGGCUCAGCGACCCUGCUGCGUGGCAACAAGUGGCUGGCCUUAAAGGGCAAGGAGACCAAGCAGGCGGCCUUGCAGUGCAUCGCCGUACCCCUCUUGCAGGAAGGUCAGCAGCACUCCAACCUCUUAGUGGCAACUGUGUCGAAGCUCUUACACGGAUUAAGAGGUGCUGAAGGAACGGCUGCCUUUGCGGCGGAAUGCCUGCUGCAAGCGCACACCACACCGCUUCCUCGGCUUUUCUUGGUGGAACUCACACAGCAUUGUACCGCCCAAGAGCUCACCUCGCAGGGAGCUUUUCAGAGGUCCUUGGCGGCCUUUCUGGUGGCCCUCUCCGAACGGUUGCCUCAUGUUGUUUUGGCCAACAUCUCAGUGCUCCUUCCACUCUUGGACGUCGAUUGCUACCCCAUUCGACAGGCCAUUGUGGAGAGCAUCGGCCAGCUCUUAGCAGCCGAAGGCAGACAGCUACCCAGUGGUGCUCAUGCAGCACAGCCAGAGGAAGAGGGGGGAGAGGACCCGCGACACAUAGAACUGAUUGCAGAGCUCGAGACGCUCUUCACGCGAUUCUUGGACAAGAGUGUUUGGGUCCGAUAUCGUGUCUUACAGACCUUGAACAACUUGGCCUCCAACAACGGCUUGCCCAGGGAGCUCUGGCCCAGAGUCUUGGACUUGGCGAUUCGGAGGAUGCAGGACACGGCCAGCAUGUCCAGGAAGGCGGCGAUGCAGCUGGUGAGGAAGCUCGUGGAGUUCCACCCCUAUGGUCCCGCGCUGAAGGGCUCGGGAGACGAGCGGGCCAAGGCGGAGAAGCUCUUGAACGAGAUCCAGGAGCGGCUGAAGAAGCUCAAGGCCGAGGAGCUGGCCGAGCUCGAAGGCGCCGAGCUCGAAGGCGCCGAGCUCGAGGCCGCCGAGCCGGCGGAGAAGCGGCGGCGCUGCAAGGGCAAGACGGAGACCGACGUGAGCAUCGCGAGGGAGGUGGACAAGGACCUGAACGCGCAGGGCGAAGACGAGGAGCCCACCGAGGACAAUGCCACCGGUCGGCACGUGGCGCGUGAGAAGCAACGCGAGGCCUUGCAACGGAUGGAGCAGUGCUACGCACAGCGCGUGCACUUCGUAGAGCUUUUGGAUGCUGCUGAGGCCCGGCUGCGCGCGCUGCUGGGCUCCAAGACCGCCACCGACGUGACCGAGGCCAUCGGCGUCGUGGUGGAGCUGCGCCUCCGAGGCGUCCCUGCAGCGGCCAAAGCCUUUCACCAAGUCUUGGGACUCGUGUGGAGUCGCCAUGCCCCCAUCAAGGACGCUGCCGUGGAUGCGUUCUAUCGGAUGCACUUGGAAGGGCGGGAUGUGGCGUCGGCUGCGCAGGCGAUGCUGGAUAUUUACAAGGAUGGGUUCAGCUCCGGCACACUCACCCACACGCAUUUGGCCAGCGUUCAGGAGCUGAUCCAACAGGCCGCAGAGAAGGAGCUGAUCGUCGCAUCGCAGGUGAUCCCCACGAUGCUGAGCGCGCUGAGCGAGCCGGGUAGCGCGCCCUGCGCACUACGCGCACUGACUGCACUGAGCGCCUCGGGGCACGAGGCUCUGAGCAAGGCCAUGCCGAAGCUGCAGGAGUUUGUGGUGCAGAGAUCUGGAAGUCCCGCAGAGCGGCUGGAGAGCUGCCGCCUCGUCUGCCAGCUACUGCUGCGGUUCUUGGGCAGUGCGAAGACCGCUGUGGCGGACAGCACCGUGGCGCGGCUCUGCGCUGUGUCUCAAGAGUGCUCUUGCGUGGUGGUGCAGCACUUUGUGAAGGGGGACAUCUCUCCACAGUGGUUCCCUGCUGCCAUGUGUGCGAUGGACCCGCCGGCGGAUGCUGCGCAUCGCUCCCCAGACAAGGCGCGUCCGAGCGGAGAGUUGGCGGGAAAGAGCGGUCCGGUCAGUUUGCGGAGGGUCUGGGAAAACAUCUUCAAUCGCAUGAUCUGCGGCAUUCUGGGAGGCCAGUCGGAGGGCGCCGCUUGGAAGCAAGACGUCCAAGACGAUGGAGAGAUUGAGGCCGGUUUGGGCACGACAGGUGUUUGGUUGGUUCUUUUCUUUUGCAGCGCCGGAAUGAGCCACGGCUUUCAUGACCCGACCGGGGCCACGUGGUUUGUCAAGAUGCAGAUGCUGCGUAUCUAUGCCUUCCUUAGCCUGGCAUCGUUGAUUCCGGAGAGUGUAGCUGGCGCCCGCACGCGCGAGCUGCACGAUUCGGCGGCCGGAGUGGAGAAUGGCCAAAGGCGUGGGAAUUCGAGUGGAAUGACAGAAGGAUGCCGAAGGGACAAGACUUGCGAUGUCUAUGAUUGUCAUACAGUGACGAUUCCCAGUGUUUCGGAGAUCACCGAGCUCAAUGACAAGCUGCAGGAGAUCCAUGAGCAUACGCUCGGCAGCCACCAGGUCCUCACUCAUCGAGAAAGCCUGAUCCUCAGGACCUCUUUGCGAUUGGCGAUGUUGGCCUACGGGCGAAAUGAUGGCAAGGGCUUGUCAUAUCAUGAGUUGAGAACAGAAAAGGAGGUCUCUAUGCUGGAGCUGCAGUUCAAAAGCUUUCGCCACAAAGAGCACAAGACGGAUGACACCGCCCACCUGGUGGCUUAUCUCUUCAAGGUGCAAGGGUCUGAAGGGCCUGGGGUUGGCAUCGCUUUGAGCUACAAAGGCUCCACGAACCUGGCCGAUUGGAAAGCCAAUAUGGCCACCUGGCCCAGAUCCAUGUUUCCCACGAUCCCGGAGUUGAAGAAUGUGAAGGUCCACCGUGGCUUCUUGGCACACAAGCGGCGCCUGGAUGCCCGAAUGUCUGAUGCACCAAUGGCUCCGCUGAAGACCACGCUGGCGAAGUGGGGAGUGGAGACCAGCGCGAAGAGCUUCAGGGAGUUCUUGCUCGCUGGCCAGUGGUCCUGGCUCCUGACUGUGGGUCAUAGCUUGGGUGGUGCCAUGGCAGCGAUCAGCGGCCUGGAACUGGCAGUGCACACCUCCCGCGCUGGACAGCAGAAACAGGUGCACGUGGUGGGUGUGGGGACGGCCAUCCCUGGGAACCAGAAGUUUUCGGAUGCCAUGGACGGCUUCAUCACACCCAAGGGUGGUUUGCGCAUCGCCAACGACGGGGACAACAUCCCCUUCAUGGGCUACGGACUGGUUUGGCUGUGGCGUUCCACGCGUGUGGUGCAUGGCUAUGAGUGGAUCUUGCCACACUUGGCUCGAAAGCGGCUCAAGAAAUUGAAGAUGCAUAUCCAGUACGAUAUCUUCGAUUGGGCCACAAAACCAGCACGCUUUGUUUUCCCAAAGGUGGGACAGAGUUACACGUCCAAAGCUCAGCAGUUGGGUUCCUACACCGACAAAGCACUGGGCGUGAAGCCGGUGGCCGUGCCGCAACUGGGCGCCGUGGCCUUCGUGGCGGGACAUUUGGCCCUCAGGAUGCUCAUUUUCCUCGAGGGCUUGCAAUCGGCCUUGAAGAGGAAGAGAAUGGCUCAAGAGGAGGCGAAAAUGGCCGAGCAACGUGAAAAGACCAAGGAGAAGAAGGUGGAGAAGGCCGAGACGUCCAUGGGCGGAGUGGGCUUGGAGGAGCGCGAAGCCGAGGCUUUUGCACAGCUGGCUGAGAGCGGACUUCUCUACAGCAAUCGCUUACUGGAUCGGGUGAAACCUCUUCUGUUUGCCUGCCUCUUGGACAAGGAGCUUCGGGGAUAUCCUUUGAUUCGGCGCGUGGGUGCCAUCAGCCUUUGCAAGUUUAUGACCGUCUCCAAGCGCUUCUGCGAGGAGAAUCUGCAGCUCCUCUUCUCCGUUCUCUUUCCGCGCAACGGCAAGAGCCAACUCUCCGGCGCCACGCAGGAUGCCUUUGCAGAAGGAGGAUUGCUGGAGGACCUGACGCUACGGCAAUCCCUGCUGGUGGCUGUGGGGGAUUUGCUGUUCCGGCAUCCCAACGUGGUGGAACCCUGGACGGGGCGGCUCUACGCCACGCUGAGCGCUCCGGCGGAGGAGACGGGCAGCGCGGUGGAUCUGCGGCUGACGGCACUGCUGGUGCUCACGCAUUUGGUGCUGAACGACAUGAUGAAGCCUCGUCCAGUGUUGCUGAUUCGGGCUCUUUGGCUUACGGCCUGUAAACACGAGGCGACCGCCCGGGUGGCGCGAAUCCUCUUCCAGGAGCUUGCCAAGCGAAGCACGAACGUGGUCUACAACUUGCUCCCAGAGAUUGUCGCCCGCUUGCCGGAGCAUGUGGAGCCCGGCGUCGAAGGGGGUGCAGUCGCGCGAGUCCAAUACAUCAUGCAAUUUGUGGAGAAGGAGAAGCACAUCGAGGGCCUCAUCGAGAAGUUCACGCUGCGCUUGGAGCAAUGCGCCAGUGGCGCCGGCGCCGCCGACGCCGAGGCCCAGGAGGAUGGCGAAGCCGCAAGCCCCGCGAGAGUGGAGGAGCAGUGGACGGACGGAUGUCGAGAGUGGAGGGACACGGUGGCUUGCCUGGCCCAUGCCUUGGGUGCGAUGAGCCUUUCAGAUCGAUGCGUCUUGCGGCUGCAUGACGUGGUGGUGACCCGGAAGGCCUUGAACUUGGCCCUCUCCUACUAUCCGGUGGCGCGAGAAUGCCUGCUGGCGGUCGUGGAGCCGCGGUCAGGGAUGGGAUAUGAUGGGAUGUUUAGUGAUCGGUUUGCCUUGGAGAAGGCUCGGAAGCCGCGCGGCAAGGGUGAGGAGGAGCCGAAGGCGGAUGGAGCUGGCGAUGGAGCUGCAGGUGGGAAAGCAGGCUCAGCGGCGCAAGCUGCUUUGGAUGCCAUGGAGCAGUUGGUGAAUACCUUGGCGCACGGCAAAGAGGAUCUGCAAGCCAUGCAGCAGAUUGUGGAGAUGAUUUGUUUGAAAGAGGCCCCAGUGGUGUUCACCUUCAUGGACGUCACUUCAAAGUUCAUCGAUGAGGACCAGGUGACCUUGAAGAGCAACUACGACUUCAUUCUGCGGUGGGUGUCGGUUGAUUCAGAAGACAUGGUGGUCAUGGUGGAGCGCGCGUUUGCUACAUCCUCACAGCCCAGCAGCCGUUUGGCGUGGGACUACGACAAAGAUGACUGGGUCAUCGUACCUGGUCUGAUUUCAGGCAUCUGGAAUGAAUUGCCUGAAGGCACCAUGAGCUUCCCCACUUUUUGGCGCAUUGCCAGGAAGCAUCUGAGGCAUUACAAGCCUGCGGCAACCAUCAACGACUAUUGCACAUAUUGCAUGGACCUCAAAAAGCAAAUUCUGCCUUCAACAGAGAAGUUACUAGCAGAUGUGCGCAGUGAGCUGAUUCAGUUCAUGGAGGGUUAUUUUGACCAAUGGGAUGCGUUCAAGGCCAGUGAAGGACUUGAAGACAAGCCAGGACUGCAUUUGCGCAGCUUGCGGCAUUAUAUAUACCAUCACUCAGCACGCACACCAUGCAGACAGCAUGCUGAGCAUGCUUUCCCAUGUGGGUUGGCUCAAUUGCGCUCUCGACAGUCGGAGUUUCCCCAGAAGCAGCGUGUGUCUUUGCAUGCAAAGGAGGCAGAUCUUUGCCUUCAGUUGCAGAGCAUGUCGAAGUUGUUGGACGCCUACUUGUUUCAUAGGCUAUUUGCUUUGCUUGCCCGAUACAUCAAAGAUGCGCAAGUGAAACAGCAUGACCUCCUGGACACAGAUGACCUAUGCGACUGGGUGGGGAAACGUGCCUCUGAGGCAAGGAAGUUGGAUCCAACUUCGCCUUUUGUUGUUGUCAUCAAGGAUGUGGAACCACAGAAGAAACCGGCAGAAGACAGGCGACAGCAGGCUCAAAGCCACUUGCUUGUGGAUGGGGCAGAUCAAGAAUUUGGGAAACUGAAUGAAAGGUGUUUGAUUGAGAAAAGGAAGAAGUCAGCUUUGAAGCAAAAGAAACGGGCUGAAGAUAGGAAGCGCCAGCUUGAGGAGGGGCCUGCGUCCAGCAGUGAGUCCUCUUCUUCCUCUCAAUCUUCUGACACCAGCUCCUGCGCUGAUUGA